UCUGGUGUGGUUUCUCCGUUACUGUGUCGAUGGAGGAGCUGAAAUCUGCUAUGGACGAGCACAUGGAGCUUAUGGCGGAUCUAGUUCAGAAGUUAUCUUCUGAGCUUCGUGCUGUCCUUCGCCCCGCUUACGAUAACUUCAUGGGGUUUUUCCACGCCAUUGAUUGGAAGGAACCUUGGCUGAUUGGAUUGUUGACAUUCCAUGUUGUUUUGCUGCUUGUAGCUAUCUUCUCUCGGAAGAAUACUAACUUUCAAAUGUUCCUGUUCCUUUUGACAUUGGUUGGUGUAUAUCUUGCUGAGAGUCUGAACAGAUAUAUGGGGAAAAACUGGAAAAGCUUCUCUGGUCAAAACUAUUUUGAUCCAAGUGGACUAUUUAUGUCAGUUCUUUGGUCUGGACCUCUUCUUGUCAUUGCUAUAAUAAUCUUGAUCAAUACACUAUUCUCCUUAUGUUACUUGAUUGUUAGGUGGAAAAGAGCUGAACUGAGACAUCGUGCAAGAGCUGCUCGUAAUAAGCAGGACUAGUUGUGUCAAUGGUGAUGUAUUCAUAUGGUCAUGCAAAUGAUUCUUUCUUCUUAAAAAAAAUAUUAUUCAGUAGUUAUUAUUAUCCAGUUGCGUUUAUGUAUACUAUUAACAGGGGAUUUUCCCCCUUUUUAGCUUGUAUGGAUCACUUUAUUUUAUUUUAUUACUUUUUCAAAAUUAAUGAUGACGUGUACCAAGAGCUCAGCGGCAAGGCGAUUGUAA